AUGAUCGCACUGGAUUCCAGUUUCCAAAACUCUUAUGGAUACAAUUAUCAAAAGAACAAAGAUUUCUUCGUAUGUUUCUUUGAAAACCUGGAAAGUUACAUGCUCGGCAAACGACAAAACUUGUCAACUUUAGUGGAUGAUUUUUUUCACGAACUGCUCAUACGCAUUGUCAGGCUGUUGCUGUUUGCCAAAUCGAGUCGUGAUUUGGCCAAAGCUGAUUGCGUUUCUUUGGAACUUGAAAAGCAAAAUCCCUUUGAUCGCAUACCGGAGGGAAUAAAAAGGAUGGCAAUACGUGCAUUUCCCCCGGCCAGGAUGACUGCAAACGCGUUGCUCGUCGGAAGCGAAGUUAUAUCCGCAAUACUAAAAGAAAUGGAGCUCAGUCGUUCUUGUCUUAUCGAUUGGAUGAAGCUUCGUUAUUGUAACUUCUGUUUCGGAGAAGCUGACGUUCGUAUCUGCCCCGAAAGUUGUCGAUCUCAGAUAUCUGAUUGCAUGAAUGAGUAUCACGCUCUGGAUGAACCCUGGACUCAAUUUAUCGAUCAUCUUCUUGCUGUGAUUGAUCGCCUACGUGGCUCGGACAGUUUUCCCCAAGUGAAUCGACCUUUGCAAAUACACAUAACAGAUGCAAUUAUGAGCUUCCAACGUCUGUUCUCACGCAUUGAUUUAUCGUAUUUGUCUGUGCGAUCUCUGUUCUCCAAUUUGGACGAAAUUUUCUGCUCUUCACAAUUGCUACGCGACGCCCAAUCUUCCGGCAAACCGAGUAGCAAGUGCUGGAAUGGAAAAUUCGUUUCUAUCCACAACAGCCCAAGGAAAUUUCUAUCUAAAGUAUCGUCUCUCAAUCCCACGGUCACACGAUUGAUUACACGAUUGCGGAAUGUGACACAAAUGCUGCAUAGCAUUCUAAAAUUCGAUGGUGAUCCGGAUUUCAUGCCAAUUGACGAUCCUGUAUUAGAAGAUCGAAUUCAAACACUUUGGAACUCACAAUCGCGGAACUGUAUACCGCAUUCGGAUGUCUCAUUGACUAUGGUCACAAAUGUGUCGGUUGGCUCGCUCUCAGGGAUUGAAUCGGGACCAGAAAUCUCUGUGACAGAUGGCAGUGGUUACGUCCCAUGGCAUGAUUCUGACUCAUCUUUACUGCCACAAACCAACAUCAUAUCUGCUGAUUUUGAUCCCAAUCACGGUCUUUUGCAUAAUCAAAAUUUCGAAACGUCCUUGGAUGAUGAAGAUUAUUUGGUUCAUUAUCCGGAUAGGGCAAAUCAGAAAAUCGAAUUGAAGUAUUUCCGUGGUAGUGCUUGUUGCCAUGAUAAUUCCAGUGGUGUAUGCUACUGUACUGAUCAGUCGCUUGCUCUGGAUCGGGAGGUCAAUUUGAGGGACCGCACUCUGAUCCUUCGACAGGAUACUGUAUCCCACGAGGCCGUGAACAAUCAUAUUGACCUGUGGUUCAGUUAG